AUAAAUUGAUAAUUUUUUUUCUCUCAACUAACAAACAAAACAAUUAAUGUUUUGAUGAUAACGAAAAUAUCUUUAAUAGAAUAUGAAAGUAUUCAUCAAUUUUGGUGAUAUUCGUUGUGUUGUACCGGUUGGUGAUGGCUCAUUAACCGUAUCCGAAGUAAUUUUAUUAGCAAUCGAGCGUUAUCGUAAAGCUAUCACAAAGCCAUCAUCUUCAUCAUCGACUACAAAUACUAAAAUCAUUGUACAUACAUUAAAAACAUGUCGCGAUGGAGCCAUUCUUGAUCCUGAUGAUCGACUAUACGAUGUGGCCGAUGAUCGUGAACAGUUGAUUGCUGUGUUUGAUGAAUAUCCACAACAUUCUUUAAAUCUAAAAAACAACAACGAAUCACCAUCAAGAUUGAGCUGUCAAGAUCAGCAUAAUGAUACGAAUUUAGUCGAAAAUAUGAUAAAAAUGGCUCCUUCCAUUCAAAAUCGACAAUCAUCAUUAUCAUCAUCAUUAUCGACGACAUCGAAUCCUAAAACAAGCUAUUUCCUAUCAAAUCAACAGCAACAAUUAUCUAGCCAAAAAACUAUUUAUGGUCAUAGCAUCAGCAAUAAACCACCGUUACCACCACAGCAUUACCAUAGUAACAGUAUGUCCGAUUCGUUACUAGGUAAUGAUCAGAUAUUAAUCAGACGACAACAAAAACAUCAAAAUGAGUCAUUAUUUUUACCUCAUAAUCGAUUAUCAUCUCUAUCAUCAUCAUUAUAUCAUCAGCAUUCAAGUUCAUUAAGUGACAAUAAACCACAAGAAGUUCAUUGUUCGACGAACAAUAGCAAAAUCACCGUUACGGAUUGUUGCCUAGAUGAAGCGGUGAUCAUGGCAACUGAUGAUGAUUCCGGCUCAAAUAUAUCUACAUCCGAUGAACCAUUAGAUGUAGAAAUAACUGUCGAUGAUUCAUCGAUCAAUACAUAUUCUGCAAAUAUUCCUGCCAUGUUACAUGUAAGACAUGGUAGUGAACCGAAUCUGAAUCGUAGUUUUGUCCAUAAUUCAAAUGAUAUUUCCAUGGACAGUAGUGAUCAUACUCAUCAUCAUCAUAGACGAAAUGCAUCAAACGUUAUGGUUGAUGAUGAUGACAAUGAUCAUAAUCAUAUGAAUGCCAUCAAAAUGAAUGAUCUCGAACAAUCUAACUAUCAUCAUCAUCAUCAUCAAUACAAAUCAACAAGUAAACGUUGGUCAACUGCCAUAGCUAUUGGUGAUAAAGCCGCAGCAACUUUAAUCAUGGGAUCACCAUCAAACAAAUCAACAAUCAAGCCAUCAUCUCAUCAUCAUCAUCAUAUGGUUUCGAAUUAUGAACACUCCGAUGAAGACAAGUCUUUCAGUCAUUCAAUCUCACCGCAAAGUACCAAAGAGGAGGGCUAUGCUAGUGAAGAACAAUCGGCAAAUUCUCAAUCUGAUCCGCCACCUCCAUCUCAUCAUCAUCAUGAGCAUAGUUCAUCUACUUCACCUUCCGGUUUGAAUAGUCCGACAAUGUUUCAACAGCAACAAUCAACUUUUGCUCGUGGAUCUGGCCGACUUUCAAUGUUGGCACAGAACAUGGAUCAAUGGGCUGAUGCAGCCGAUCGACAAUUAAUAAAAUUGCAGAGUAACUCACACGAUACCAGCAAUAAAAAUCAUCAACCAUCUGCAUCUACAUCUUCAUCUGCCAAUCACACUCAUUCUUCACAACAGUAUGCCAAACUUCUUCAGCCACAACAAUUAUGUGACAGUUCAUUAGGAUCAAUGGGAUCAAAUUCAUCGCAAGAGAAUGACCAUUUGACUAUAGGAGAUAAGCAACAAUCUAAUCGUAUGACUGUGAUAAUCGAUUUGACCAAACAAUCAGGACCAUUAGGAAUUCAUGUACUGCCUGACUCCAGUGAUGGUUCCAGUUCUCGUCUUAAACGUGGUCUUGAAAUUCAAAGUAUCGAACCGGGUAGCCGUAUUGAUCGUGAUGGUCGAUUAAAUGUGGGCGAUAUAAUCAUCGAAAUCGAUGGUCAUCCAUUCGCUGGAUUGGAAUUCGGACGAGCACAAGAACUUUUUAGAUCAUCAUUAUAUGCCAACAACCAAAUCCAGUUAUCAAUAAUCAAAUCCCAACUUUUCUGUGAUAAUUCAAAAAAUCAACAAACUGAGCAGCGACUUCAUCGACAAUUCGUCACUAAUAAUAAUGUUAGUGAUGAAUCUGAUUCUAAACAUUGUGACACUACAUUAAAAUCCGAAUCAAACAUGUUAUUAGUCGAAGGUGAAGAACGAUUCGGACCAAUGACCAAAUUAGCGACUGUAACAACAACAAAAAAACAUUCACCUCAAGCUGUAACAACAUUGAUCGGAUAUAAACCGGCGACAUCGGCUAUUGUCAUUGCAAAUACGAGAAGAAUCGGCAAAAAAUUUCAUAUUCAAUUGAAAAAAGGCGAUCAUGGUCUCGGAUUCACGAUCACUACCAGAGAUAAUCCGGCAGGUGGUCUUAGCCCAAUUUAUAUCAAAACUAUUUUGCCACGUGGUGCAGCUGUACAAGAUGGUCGCCUUAAGCCUGGCGAUCGAUUGUUAGAAGUAUGUGGCAUUGAAAUGACUGGAAAAUCACAAGAAGAAGCAGUCAAAAUUCUAAGGAAUCUUCCUUCUGAUUCGAUUGUUGAUCUAAUCGUUUCCAGGCAAGAGGUCGAAGUAUCCCCUAGUCCAUUGAUGCCCCGUCAAUUGCCACCCGAAGCAGCAGAUGAAUCGAAUUGUUCUUCCACUAAAAUGGAACGUGAAGUAAUGACGUUCCAAAUACCUCUAAAUGACACUGGUUCGGCUGGAUUAGGAAUUUCUGUCAAAGGUAAAACAUUGACUGCUGAUGGUCGACAACAAGAUUCCGGGAUAUUUAUCAAAUCAGUAUUGCAUGGUGGUGCAGCUUCAAAAGAUGGUCACCUAAAACAAGAUGAUCAAUUGAUUAAUAUCAAUGGCAUUCCAUUAUCCGGAAAAACCAAUAGCGAAGCUAUGGAAACAUUGACAAGAGCAACGAUAAAAUCGGCUCAUCAGAUUACAUUGACCAUUGCACGACGUGUUUGUCAUUCGCCAUCACAUCAGGUUUGUGAUUCUGGUGAUCAUUCAUCGUCCGAACAUUAUCCUCGACAUCAACACGAAUCAUCCAUUUUGAGCAAUGAUUCGUAUGAUAUGUCUUUCAUUCAUCCUAAUCAAACAUCGAUUGCUGAACAAUCUCGAAAUAGCAGCUAUUCCCAUGAGGAUAGUUUUCAAUCUUCAGCCGAGAAUACCGUCAUUUACAGUAAAAAACCUUUGAUUGAAACAGAUCGAUCCAUUCAACAAUCGACAGUUUCAAAUACACCUGCUUCUGCUCAACCACCGCUAUCAUUGAACGAUAGUCAAUUGUCAUUAAAUGAUUCAAAUGGUGGAGAACAAUCAUCUAUAUCAACAGACGACCGAUUCCGACGUGAUGGAUUCGGCCGGCAAAGUAUGUCGGAAAAACGUCAUGCCCAAUUAGAUGCCAAAACUACCGAUACAUAUCGAAGGAGUAAAAAGACCAAGGAACAUCCAGCUUCUAAUCAACAAGAUAAAUCGACCGAACAUGGAAAGAAUCAAGAUGAUCCAGUCAUCAAUAAAGAAAAUAUCGAUAUUCAAACUCCAAAAUCAAAUUUAACUGCAAACAAAAAAAUCAAAUCACCAAUUUCGAAGAAUCAAAUUCUUUUUUCUCCUGUUUGUUGUUGGAAAUGUCAAUCGCCUGGAUCAUGCCCAUGUCGCAGUAAAAGUGAAUUAUCACCGGCCGACGUUUACCAUAUGAAUGGAUCACAUUCAUUACAAAAUGCACGUGUAAUGUCCGAACAUCAGCAGCAGCUACUCUUACAACAAAAAGCCAAUAACAAUGGUGGGAUUAAUAUUGUUGGUGGAUCAACGUUGAGAAAAUCGUGCAGUUUGGAAUCAUUACAGAUAAUGAUGCAAGAUCUGCAAAAAGAACAAUUGCAAGAACAAGUUAGCGGCAGUAGUAAUGUUGCAGCUAAUUCUUCUGGUGGUGGUUAUAUGGGCCAUCAUCAUCAGACCACUGGUCCGAUUCGCAUGAGUAAAAAUUAUCCAAGUGAAAGCUUUCGCGCUGCAGUUGAUCGAUCUUAUGAUAUUAAAAAUUAUUUAAAUACGACAAAUAUUCAUUCAGUUUCAGAAGAAAAUGAUGCUGACGAUACUAUGAGCCGGCCAUCAACGUGUCCAUAUCGCGUUGGUGGUGGCCAUUCAAUGGCAAGCACCAAUUUCACAAUGGAAACCGCUACGACAACUCAAACAACGACGACAAAUACAGAUGAUCACGCUAAUCUUUUGAAAUCGACUACUAGUUCGGCGAAGAAAAAGAAAAAUUCGCUAUUCAAAAACCUUUUUCACUUUGGAUCGAAAAAAGGUCGAUCUAAAUCAAUGGAUCCUGGUAAAAAUUCAAUCAACAACAAUAAUAAUAGUCCAGAAUCAUCCACGAUUCAUUCGUCAUCACAAAGUGAAGAAAUGAAACACUUUAGCCCAGAUUAUCGACAUAAAUAUCAACAAGAGCAAGAACGAAUCAAUGCACAAUACCGAAAAUUAUUGGAAGAACAAAAACAACGACAACAACUUCAACAGCAACAACAGCGUCAAUCAGGUUUUGUUCGAAAUCAACUACAUCCGUUGCAUCAAUCAAUGCCUUUAUCGAAUUCAAAUCGUUCUAAAUCUGGUGUUUCACCACGUAACCAACAACAACCAACCACUAAAUCACCUCAAAUAUAUGAUGUUAUGAAUACUGUGGGCGUUCCUCAUGCUCAAAACAAAUCUAGUGAUAAUAGCACUGUUAAACCUACUACAAAUGCAUAUCUUCGAUCGCAUCAUCGAAUACAUCCGCAGGAUUGUUCGCCCAUGUUCAAUGAUGCUAAUCAUGCUCAAUCGACACCAGAAAACCCGAGACAUAUGAGAAUUAAUUCGCAAGAAUUCUACGUUCGUCAAUCAAUGGAUAGGCCUACUAGUCGUGUAACAGUUCCUGAAAAUAUCAACUACGGAACAUAUGGAAUGAUUAACAAUUCUAAUGCUCAACGUAUUUAUGGUACUGCUAAUAGAUUGUCUGUCGAUCCAGAAAGGAUUAUCUGUCAUCCUCAACAACAACAACAACAACAUCAUCAUUAUAGGCAAUUAUCAUUACGAAAUCCGCAACAUCAUCGGCAGAUUUCUUCACCGGCCGCAACGAUGACAACUGUCAAUCAGAAUUUUUACAAACAACAACAGCCAAGAGGAAAUCAUUACGUUUAUGAACAGCAACAACAACCGCAAUUACCGGUUCGUGAUCAACGAAGCUAUACAAUUAAUCCAAGGUCAUAUACGGCCAAUUCUUACGGUCAGCUUAUUAGUACUUCUAAAUCUCCAAACAUUGAAACAACAUACGGAAUUAUAGGCCAACAUCAUAACCAACAGCAACGCACAAUACCUUCCAAUAUAACAGGAUCAUCUAGGCUGCAGCAUGCACAGACACCACAUUCAAAUAUGAACGUUUUUCGACAACAGCAACCCAUUUAUCAUUCCAAUCAGGUACAAAUAUAUGGUACUGUUUAUAACAAUCAAACAAAAUCGAAUAACCAACCAUCACAACAACAACUUUAUGCAAUGUCAACUAAAUUAAAUUAUGCGCCAAUUAACGGUUUACCACCUUCCAAUUAAUCCACAGUAAGCCGAAUUCGCCUGGUUGGAUGAAAAGAAAUUCUCAUUUUUACUUUUGUCUACAUAAUAAAAAAUAAUUUUAAAAGACAAAUUUAAACAGGAAAAAUAUUUCAUUUUGUCCCUUGUU